AUGGGCAAAGUCAUUUUGAUUACUGGUGCGUCUCGCGGGAUUGGUCUGCAAUUAGUGAGAACAGUCUUCCAAUGGGACGCUGAAUGCGUUGUUUACGGUGUAGCAAGAACAGAGGCUAGUCUGCAGUCUCUGCAAAGGGAAUACGGCGCAGACAAAUUCAUGUACCGUGCCUGCGAUAUCACGGACAGGUCCCAGGUGCAGGCUUUGGUGGAAGAAAUCCGGAACAAGCAGGGCCGGUUGGAUAGCAUCAUUGCGAAUGCAGGGGUGUUAGAGCCGGUGAAGUCCAUUGCCCAGUCCUGCUCCGAGCAUGACAUCGAGCUGUGGAAACGACUGUUUGAUGUGAACUUUUUCAGCAUCGUCACCCUUGUGACGAUGUGUCUACCCCUAUUGAAGAGCUCGCCUCUGGUAAGCAACAUCGUCUUUGUCGGCUCUGGAGCCAGUGUGAAACCAUACAAUGGAUGGUCCGCGUACGGCUGCUCUAAAGCCGCACUGAAUCAUUUGGCCAUGGACAUCGCCAGCGAAGAGCCCAGUGACAAGGUUCGCACCGUGUGCAUUGCCCCAGGCGUCGUGAACACACAGAUGCAAAGGGAUAUUAGGGAGACGCUGGGUCCACAGGGCAUGACACCCGAUUCUCUGGAAAGAUUUACCCAAUUGCACAAGAAUUCGAUGCUGCUUGACCCAAAGGUCCCCGCAGCGGUGCUAGCGCAGCUGGCCCUAAAAGGCAUUCCCGAUGCCUUGAACGGCCAGUACCUCCGUUACAAUGACGACCGUCUGGGACCCGUGCAAGGCUAG